AUGUCAGCCCUGGCCACCUUCAACAUUUUGAAAUCUCCAGAGUUCAACCAGCCUGUCAAAUCAGACAUGUUCUCGUCAGUGGCUUCCACUGUGAUUGACAAGCGUCGUUUUGAGGACAUGGCGAAGAACGACAAGGUGCGAUAUGAGAGGGACAUGAGGGGGUACGUCCCCCCCAAGGGGAUGGCCAAGAGUGGUAGGAGGAAGAAGGACCCCAACGCUCCCAAAAGACCCCCGUCUGCCUUUUUUGUGUUCUCAGCAGAGUUCCGUCCGACGGUCAAACAGGAGUUCCCAGGCUGUUCUAUAGGAGAGACAGCUAAGAAGCUGGGGAUCAUGUGGGGUCAACAGACUCCAACCCAGAAACAGCCGUUUGAAGAAGGCUCUCCGACUGAGGAGAAAUACGACAAGUGGAUACGACUGAUAUGGCCGCAUACCGCUCUGGUGCGAACGUUAGCGGUGCCGAUGCGACCCGGUCCCGGUGGCUCGUCCAAUAUGAUGCCCCACGCCAUGGCCGGUGGCGGCGAUGAUGAUGACGAGCGACCUGGAGGGCGGCGAAGAUGA